AGUACGUAGUGUGUUGGCGAGGCUCAUUUAUCUUUCGUUGCCGCUCUCUUCUUGCCUUCAAAUAUACAUCAUGCUGAUGACGUAUUUCAGAAACAGAUACUCCCAUCGUGGGCUGAUAGCGUUCUGUGCUGCUACAGUUGUGGGCUUUGCUGGCGGCCUGCUCUUCACAGGUGAAAGCUGCCAGCUGGAUGGAGAGAAUCCAUCGGAGAAGGUGCGCGUGCUGUGUGUGGUGAUCACGCAGCCAGAGAACCACCGUGACAAGGCGCUCGCCGUCAAGGAGACGUGGGGACAACGGUGCUCGGAACUCCUCUUCUUCAGCUCUCAGCUGGACAUGAUGCUGCCAGUUGUAACCCUGAAUGUGUCAGAGGGCAGAGAGGUGCUGUGGAACAAGACGAAGGCAGCCGUACGGUAUGCGUGGGACAAGGGGCUGCUGAGAAGGAACGAAUGGUUACUCAAGGCGGAUGACGACACGUACGUGGUGAUGGAGAACCUGCGGCAGCUGCUCCAGCCCCUGGAACCUGAGGAGGCGCUUUACCUAGGGCUCCACUUGCUGGCCAAUGUACCCAAAGGCUACAUGAGCGGUGGGGCAGGCUAUGUGCUCAGCCGUGGUGCCGUCCAAAGGCUGGUGGCUGCCUGGGAUCUGGAUGUGGAACUGAAGGAGGACGACUCUGGUUUUGAGGACAUCAACAUUGGUGCUGAGGAUGUCAGAACUGCAAAUGGAGGUGACGCCGGCGCGAGGCACUCUGCAGGAAGUUCGUGGAAUCCAGACUUCCGGUUCCAGGCGAGUCUGUGGUGGCACCGAGACGAGUUUCCACUGUGCGGGGCAGUCGUCAUCGAUGAGCGCAACCUGGUCACCGCCGGGCACUGCAUAUACGACGGCAUCAUGAGGCCCACCAGGAGGCCGAUUAACUUCUUGCGGAUAACUGUGGGGAGCCCCGACUACCAGAAAGCUACCAGCUACGAUGUGGGCUACACAUACACCCACUUCUACUUUGACACGCUUGGGAUGGACCACGACAUCGCUGUCGUCAGGCUGAAGAAGCCGAUGAAGCUGGGGGAGAACGUGCGGAGCAUCCCACUGGCGGCCAGCGCCCCAGCCCCGGGCACCGUCUGUCAGCUCAGUGGCUGGGGGUCCUGGGCUAACCGAGGCGAAAACAAUGCCACUACAUUACGUCACAUGGAUGUUGUCGUACAGACGCAGGACAAGUGUUUGGGCCCCAAGGACACAGAUGUCACUACUCCACUCAUCUGUGUGGCUCCAAAGAACGGUGAUGUUUAUACACAUGCUGACGACGGUGGACCACUGACGUGUUCCGGCCAGCUGGUGGGAGUUGUCAUCAGGAACGGCCGCAACGGCCUCGGUGUUGCCGUCACGGAUGUGUCGCUGUACACCGACUUCGUGGCGGAGUCGGUAGCGCAUCCCGGGCGUGGCGCCUGGCCCUUCGUGUCGUCACUACUGACAGGCAUAGCCGAGGCGAGCACCUGUCUCGCCAUAACUGCCCUGCUAGCGCGCAUGUCCAGCGCCCGAUGACGACACAUCCCGGACACUGCACCACUGGCAGGGAGUUGCACUGAUCGCUAACUGCUGCCUGCGUCCAGUGUCUGCAAAAUGGACGAGAGAGAGAACGUGUCCUGCUCUCUGAUGGGUAGCCACGUUAAUUUUACUGGCUGUGAGAGAGACUCGGAUUUUUUAUUGCAUCGCUUUUCCCAAUGUAAAUGUGUAUAUAACUAAUAAAGAAACUCU